AUGGCCGAAUCCGAGGUUGUCAUUGAUGUCAGCGAAAACAACACUCCUGCGCCUACCCAGAGCCAGGAUGUCGACAUGGGUGGCCAGGAUGAGAGCACCCAGCCCGAGAACAGCGCUGCUCCCAGCACCGAGCAGCAAGACGAGCCCACCGGUCUCGAGAACAUUGAGCCUGAGCUCCCUACUCGCGUCACUUUUCUAGACUACCUCAAAUCUCCCAUCGUCGAGUUGGCCGUUGGCCAAGGCGAGGAUAUUACCGUUCUGCACGCACACCAGCGCCUGUUGGAGCAGAGCCCCUACCUUGAGGAGAAGAUCUUUGCCCUGGGUGAGGGCGAGACCCGUCGCAUCGACCUCGCUGAUGAGGACCUGACUGCGACCGCCUGCUUCCUCGAGUUCCUCUACAAGAACGACUACUUCCCCACCCUCAACAACUCCUCCCUCGAGACCGACCCCGAUAUUCCCGUACCAGACUCCGAGGGUAUGGCUCUCUUGCGCCACGCCCGCGUCUACACACUGGCCCAGCGCUUCGGUGUCCCCGCCCUCGCAACCCUCGCCCACAAGAAGAUCCACCUCACAAACAGCACCGCCCGCGGCGAGAUCGAAUACGCACGCUACGUCUACGGCCACACCGCCACCACAGACGAGAGCAUCCGCAAGCCCGUCGCCGCCUUCUGGGCCACCAGAUCCCACGUCCUGCGUCACGAGGCCGAGAGAGAGUUCCGCAGCAUGUGUCUCGAGUUCCCUCAAUUCGGUUUCGACGUGCUCAGCUUGGUGCUUGAUGCCCAGGAGAAGAGAACUCAGAGGACGGAGACUACCAUUGGCGGUGGUCGCAAGAGACCGCGUGUCAGUGCUGUUUAG